UUGGACAAAGUUCCUGCCUGUGUUUAACCUUCGGUGUCCCGUCUGCCGGGUGACUCGUGGCGGGAAUAAGGCGGCGUGUGUGUUCGGUUCGGGUCGCCGGACGUGUUCGGUUCGGGUGCCGCUGCUCGUCGUCUCUUUAUGAUCUUUCCGGACCCGGAAACACCUGCGCGGCUCAGGUAGACCGUCCUCGCCUAGUAGAGAAGUGCCCGAAGGGAGCUUCGUAAAGUUUGUCCCUUUAGGGAUGUGUUCCAGCCGAGGUCUCUGUAGGGGUGGUGACCGACCCCCAAACAGGUCCUCCGUCUCAGGGGGAAGCAGUUCGGGCUCCCACUAUGCCCUGUGUGCCCUGGCAGUCGGGCUCAUUGCCCUGGGCAUUGUCAUGAUCGUGUGGACUGAGAUACCCCUGGAUGGAGAGGAAUCGGGGAAGUUGGCCAUUCAGACAGGAAACUCCACGAUGACGCCAGACAAUGAGGACGACGAGGAAAGCAAAGAUGACACAAAGACCUCAUCGGUGGCCUUUGUGCUAGUUGGAGUCGGGGUGGUCAUGCUGCUUCUGGCCAUUUGCCUCGGGAUGAGGAAUAAGCGCAGAGCCCAGAACAGAGGUGCACAACCAGCAGCAGUCCCCUACAUGGACCAUGUGGCCGGGGAACAGGAGACAGCCGAGGAUCCUACCACAUAUACCGUACCCAGCUAUGACGAGGUCAUCAGUACCGGACAAUAUCCUGUCCGCGAGAGCAACCUACAGCACAGCACCUCCCAGCUGCCGUCCUACGAGGACAUCAUCGCUGCUGUGGAAGCAGAUGGAGCAGAACCCAAUAACAACCCCUCAGCCAACCCCACCCCUGCAGCAGCUGACCCCGCCCCUUCAGCAGCCAGUCCCGCCCUGGCGGCAGCCGAACCCCAUGAUGACACCAGCCCCACCAACCAGCCCACCCGCAGCAGUAGCCGUGCCAGCCGGAUACUUCGACCCCUGCGGGUCCGGAGGAUCAAAUCAGAUAAACUGCACCUGAAGGACUUCCGCCUCCACAUCCGCAGCCCCACACAGAACCCGGUGACCAUUGAACCCAUCACCCCGCCUCCGCAGUACGACGAUAAGAUGCCUGAGUUAGGGUAGCACCGCUAGUGGCUCAGAGAGCUAACCUGCUCUCGGUAGACAACGGUAACUCAGGGUCAGGUGGACUAAUGACAGUGUCUAAAAACCCAUUUUCAUGGUUGGUAAUUAGGUAAGAGAGAGGGAACA